AGCAAAGUGCCCAAGUGGCGAGUUACUGAGGCACCCAAGGCUACGAUGGUACGUGUGUCACAUCUCUACGGCAAUACAGGGGCGGCAAAGGCAAGUACCGACAUAUCGAUGUGUUCCCUGGGCAUUAACGAGGUCGUUUGUGAUGAUGGCAAUGGUUGGAUAAAAGCUGGUGGAAGGACGCAUGAGUUUACCUUCUCAUCCCACACUCACUCUUCUUCCAGCCUUCUUCAGUCCUUCCUUCCUUAAUUCCCGCUUUCGAUUCUUUUAGCGACUUUGAUAGUCUGCUUAUUACCACUUUCUUUGAACUUUUUAUACACAUACGUCUGUGACGUUUAAUCUUUACCUUCUUUUUAAUCACGAUACUACCGUCUUUACCCUUUCAGGACUCUAUCAUCAUCAACAUGUCUAUCAAGGCUAUUGCUACUAUCGCGCUUGCGGCUGGUCUCGCUGCUGCAAAGCCCAUCUCCACCCCUGCCAAGCGCCAAAUCGGCUUCAACUCCGUCGUCAACGGCUUCAACGGCAACGACGGCGCCUUCAACUUCAUCGACGGCUUCAACAACUUCAACCAGCAACAACAAGUAAUCCAGAUCCAGCAGGAGAACCUCCAGAUCAUCGACAACGGGCGCCAACAGGCCGUCGUCCAGCAAGUGGAGCAAGUCCUCAUCGUCGACCAGGUUAACAACGGCUUCAACAACGACCUCAACAACCUCUUCCGCAAGAGCAACUUCCAGAACCAGUUCCGCGAUGUCGCUACUGUUACCCUUGUUGUGCAGGAGAUCCAGGUCGCCAUUGACGACGGCCGCGGCAACCAAGUUCAGCAGAACAUCUUCGCGCAGUCCGCCGUUGUCGCUAACCGUGGUGCACGCGAGACACAGACUGUCAUGGUCUUCGACAGCCGCACUCUGAUCGCCCAGGACAUUCUCGGUGGCAACGCCUUCGGCAACCUCGGUGGUUUCGGCGGCAUCGCAGGUGCAACUGGCGCGUUGGACAACGCCCUUCCCACCAAGACAGCUGGCAUUCAGCUUUUCGGUGCUAAGCCCACUUGGUCAGCUGUCGCUGAGGAUCCUGCUGCGACUCUCGGUGCUAUCUGGCAGGGUGCUCUCCAGGACCUUCAGGAUGCGCAGAACGAUGAGGCGGACAACAAGCUCAACGAGCAGAUUGCUGCUGAGGAGUUGAAGGCGCUUCUCGAGGCUCAGGGCGGUCAGGACGACAACAAGGAUGGCCAGGAUGAGGCUGACAAGCAGAAGGCGGAAGAGGAGGCCAAGAAGCAAGAGGAAGAGCAGAAGAAGGCCGAGGAGGAAGCUGCCAAGGCUGACGCUGAGGAACAGAAGAAGGCCGACGAGGAAGCCAAGAAGCAGGAAGAGGAGCAGAAGAAGGCUGAUGAGGCUGCUAAGCAAGAGGCUGAGCAGGAGAAGAAGGCCGAGGAGGAAGCCGCAAAGAAGGAGGCUGAAGAUGCGAAGAAGGCCGAGGAAGAGGCUGCUAAGAAGGAUGCUGAGGAGCAGAAGAAGGCGGAUGAGGAGGCUAAGAAGGCCGAGGAGGCGAAGGCUGCUGAAGAGGCCAAGAAGGCUGAGGAAGAAAAGAAGGCAGAGUAAGAUCUGAUAGAGUGAUGGCUCGCGCUCUCUGCAGUAGAGCGAUGAUGCGCGGAAUAUGUAUACCCUGAGAGGCUUUUGUUAGUUGCUCUCUUACCUAGGUAGUCGGUACCAGCGAGACUGGGCCGAGAAGAUCAGUUACGAAAUUGAAUGAAUAACCUCUGUCACUU